AUGGAGUACGAGUACCACGAUGCUUACACAGGAGAGGUGAAACCUCAUGUCCUAGCUCAGCAUUAUGGGGCCAGUGGAUUUGAACUUUCCUAUAAAGCAAAUCUGCCAGGGGAACCUGACCGUGAGUCUAUGAAGACCACUAUGGCCUUCCACGAAAGUAAGGAAGAUGAAAUUGCUUGUGAGAUUAUGGCCGCUCUUAUUGACACGUUCGCCUCAUUUGCAUCCACGGCUUUACCUGAACUGGCUCCAGAGAUUGAAGAAGCUUCAAUUGAAGGAUCGGAACAAUUUAUGGCAAGCUGCGAGGAUAGUGCCAGUUAA